CAGUCGACCACGACAGCUGUGGUGAUCGCCGGGCUACGCGACGACGUCAUACUGGGGAAACCAUGGCUCUAUCAACAGGAUGCACGGAUCGAGGUACGGGACGACCAUUUGCAUGUGGGAAUCCAGGGCCAUCGCACCGUCUGCGGGCUGGGGAGGACGCCGCCGACACCGGAUGUAAAGCAGGGUGUCCAGCGACCUGGAAAACCUGGAAAACCGGGAAUUGUCAGGGAAUUUCGUGUGUCAGGGAAAUGUCAGGGAUUUUUUAAAAAUCGUCUGGAAAUUUUGGCCGUGUUUGUUCUUCACGCAGCAGCACGAUACAAUAUGCAUAUCGAUUGUUCAAUUCGCCGCGUACACAAUGAUCGACGUAUCGAUUAUAAUCGGCACAUGGCUGUACACAUUGCGGCCUGUUAGGCUGGCCAAAAUGGCGCGCAUUUGUGUACUCUUGUUGAUUUUGGUUAUCGUUUUUGUUGAUGGAUAAGUGAAUUAUUAUAUCAUCAGCCAAACAAAGGUCACAACAUGGCUUCAAAACUCAGAAAAACUACAUUCAGGGAUGAAUGGAACCAGAACCCAUCCCUCUCAUGGGCUCAGGCUAUUGAUGGCAGCCCAUAUGCAGCUUGGUGCAAACUUUGCAAUCACAGGAUUGAACUGAGUAAUAUGGGGAAGCAGGCUCCUACCAGUCAUGCAUCUGGAGUGAAACACAGCAGAAGAGUGCAAGGAUUUCACAUGAGUUCAUCCAUAGCAGUGUACUGUAAAACAACUAGGCCUACAUCAGCAGCGUCACAAAAUAAUUCUGCUUCAGAGUCUUCUUCACCUUUGUCUGAAUCUUCAAAAUUGUUUAGUUCUGAUGUACCCAGCUCACCUCAAGUAUCUUCCCCUCCGUUGUUCCAAACAGAUCCAGUCAGCAGUUCUAAAUCUCUGCCUGAUACUUCCUCGAAUGCUGAUAAUUCUUAUCUAAACCCAUCCGCAACAUGUUCUUGCACGUGCACAUGUGGCAGUGCUAGAAAGGAAUCAAAAUCAUUGACAAAUUACUUAUUAAAUGAUUCUGUAACACGUGCCGAAAUACUUUGGUGUUUGUAUUGUGUUAUGGCUCAUAAUUCCUUAAGGAAUGCAGAAAAUAGUGUAGCAAUGCAUCGUAAGAUGUAUCACGACAGCAAAAUUGCAGCUAAAUUGCAGUUGGGAAAAUCGAAAGUAUCCUAUACAAUAGUUCACGGAUUGGCUCCAGAAUUUCAAAAGGAACUGCAUGCUGAUAUAUCAAAAUCUUCUCAUCUUGUAGUUGGCUUUGAUGAAAGUUUAAAUAAAAUUGCCCAGAAACAGCAAAUGGACAUUUCUGUCCGUUACUGGAAUGAAGAUGAUUCAAUUACUUGCACUCGAUAUCUUACAUCAGCAUUUCUCGGCCAUUCGACUGCAGCAGACCUGUUAAGUGCUUUUAAAAACUCUUUGCCUGUGAAUACAUUACACAAAAUUAUACAGGUGUCGAUGGAUGGCCCCAAUGUAAAUUUGCGGUUUUUAAAAGACUUGAAGCAAGAUUUGAAGGAAGGUCGUACUGAUGAGGGGGUAAUAUUGGAUAUCGGCACUUGUGGCUUACAUUCAUUACACUGUGCCUUCAAAGGCGCAAUGAAGGAAACUGGUUGGGAAAUUGUUAAAUUCUUGCGUGCUAUUUACAACCUGUUUCAUAACAUCCCCACUCGUCGUGCAGACUACAUUAUAAUAACUGGUUCCAGCUUGUUUCCUCUAAAAUUUUGUCCAGUUCGUUGGUUAGACAACGUUCCUGUAGCAGACAGAGCAUUGAAAAUUUUACCAAAUCUUCGGAACUAUGUUGCUGGUCUAAAGUCAAAUACAGAACCUACGUGUGCUAGUUUUGUUAUAGUGAAAAGUGCUAUUAAAGAUGUGUUACUUGGACCUAAACUUGCUUUUUUUUCAUCUGUUGCUGCUGAAGUUGAACCACUUCUCAAAGAAUAUCAAACAAAUGACCCCAUGGCGCCGUACCUCUUUUCCGACUUUUCUUCAGUCAUCAAGAAUUUUAUGACUAGAUUUGUCAAAGCAGACGUAAUGGCAAAUACUACCCUGAGCAAAAUAGAUUUAUCUGCAAAUAAUCUUUUGUCAAGACUGAACAAAUACGUGAGGGAUAGAGUUCGCAGCUGCCGGCACUGUCAGAGACACAAGACCCGGAGACCCGACGGACAGGAACAGCAAAUACCGCGGAAACCUACAGAGCCCUUCCACACCAUGGCACUGGACCUCAUGGCCCCCUACCUCCGCACCGCCAGGGGCAAAAGGUUCCUACUCGUGGUGACUGAUUGCUUCACCUGGUGGGUAGAGGCGUACCCUUUGUCCAAUUGCCAUGCUGGAACGAUUGCAAGGAGCUUGGAGGAUGAGUUCUUUUCCCGGUGGGGCUACCCACAGGUGCUCUUGACGGACAAUGCCACCCAGUUCUCGGGGCGGAAGUGGGUCAAACUAUGCCGGAAAUGGCGCGUCACAGCCCACACCACACCCAUUUACCACCCAACGGCGAAUCCAACCGAGCAGCGCAAUCAAGAGAUUAAAGCCCAGUUGUGUCUACGACUCGCCGAUGACCAUACCACCUGGGACACCCACAUACCGGACGUGCUCUACUGUCUUCGACGUAACGAGGCCACGGGCGAAGCACCGGCCACUCUUCAGGGGCGGAACCUUCCUCUACCGGGGCAGUACCGCAUACCGCCAUCGGACACCCAACCAGUUGACGAGUCGCAUGAGGCACGGGCGGCGCGGCUGGCAGCUCUUCGCGACGCCGCACAACACCGACAGGUCGAAUACCAGGUGCGGGUCACUCCCACUCCCACGUCACCACCUCCACCACUGACCCCAGGCCAACUCGUAUACGCCAGACUGCGCCCACUCUCGUCUAAUGGGCGGAACUACUGCGCGGGGCUAGCUGCAAAAUGGGUAGGACCAGUACCCGUGGUGCGCACUGCGUGCAACACGGCUGUGUUCCUGAGGCUGCCCACCGGCAGAGUAGUGAAAUAUCACCAGGAUACGGUCAGGCUAGCACGAGGGGAAGACGAGCCGGAGGACGAGACACAGGGUGCAGAACAGGGGGCGCCGGGGCAGGAGAUCCAAUUGACUCCACCCACGAAGCACGGCGACACGUCCACGCCGACACGCCGAGGCUCACCAGGAUUCGCGCCAAACGAGGAGGAGACCCGGACGGACGAUCCGGCGUGCGAAGAGUUCGAAGGGCGCUUACACUACUCACUAGUAGAGUCCACGUUUAUUGACAUAGUGAGGGAACUGACGCCACCCGGCAUCACAGUGGAGGAAAUAAUCGACGCGGAAGGGGAGGAUCGACACGGCGAAGGGACGGGAAUAGCGUGCCUGACGCUGAGAGCGGGCAGGAAUUAG